UUAAUGAAAAUUAUUGAAAUAUAAUGGCAGCUACGGUUUCUGACGGAAUUUGGGAGUUAAUGAUCUACACUUUUAUUGAUGAGAUUGUCAACACUGAGACACCCUCCAGUGCAGCUGGGGCUAAAGCAGAGAUCACUAAAUCACAUAAGAUCAAAAUGUGAGGCUUUGAAAUUGGCUCCAAAUUGAUUGAUAGUUGUACCGUGAUGAUAUAGAUAAAUCUGAGAAGUUUUCAGAUGAAGUCUCUAUUAUGAAGGUCAUCGCUACUGAGUUCUGGGGUCAACUCUUUUCGAAAAGUAUUUCAAAUUUGCAGACUAAUAAUAAGGGAAAAUUCAAGUUACAGGAUGAUGGAUGAAGACUCCUGGGUAAACUUGUAGAUGUCUCGGAUAACGAAGAGGAAAAUAGAAAGCAGAAAGUCAUGAGAGGGUUUAUAGUUGACUUCAUCACGGGGUUAGUUAAAGGAGCCCUCAACAACCUCAACCUUGAGGCUAACUGCUCAGGAGAAUGGGAUGAAAUCAAGAGAGUGCUCGAAAUCUCCAUUGAAAUCAAGUAGAUAAUCUGCCCUUUUCAAUUGGGUAUUUAUAA